CAUAUAAAUCAUACAAUGUUACAAUGCAUAUACAUAAAUAUAAAAUAACAUACAAAUAAUGAGUGGGCUCACUAAAGAAAUACUAACUCUCCAACUUGGACAUUACGCCAACUUUGUAGGCACCCAUUGGUGGAAUAUCCAGGAAACUGGCUUUGAAUACAAUGUUGCUACUCCUUCAGAAAUUGACCAUGAGGUUCUUUUUAGAGAAGGACUCACUCAUAAGGGAGAAACAACAUUCACUCCUAGACUCUUGUUAGUAGACUUAAAUGGUAGCCUUAAGACAUUACCUGAAGAGGGUGAUCUUUAUGACACCCAGAUAGAGCCCUCACAACUUCUCGAGACUGUUAAGUGGCCUGAAAACAAACUUCAAUUGGAAGAGCAGCCUCGGCAACCUAAAAAUGAAUUUCAAUCAGAUAUUCAGGAUCCUAAAGGACUACAACUAGCGACAACCAAAAACUACAGUUUGGAGAAUGAAGUUACUGUAUGGUCCGAUUAUUUAUACACAAAAUUUCAUCCUAGGACAGUUAAUAUUGUUAAAGAGUAUGAACAUUGUAAUAGUGAAAGACCUUUUGAUAGUUUUACCCUUGGUAGUGCCUUAAGUGAAACUGAAUUUUUUGAGGAUGAUAUUUUUAAUAAAAUUAGGAUGUAUGUUGAGGAAUGUGAUCAUUUUCAAGGGUUUCAGAUGCUUACAGACUGCACUAAUGGGUUUGCUGGUUUAUCUGCCAAUUGCCUGAAACACUUAAGAGAUGAAUAUGAUCAUAAAUCUGUGCUAGUUUUACCAACUAUCCCCUCUUAUUUCCCAGACAAUGAUUAUCAGAAUGACAUCGAACAUGUACAGUCCCUUAUGAAUGACUCUACCCGAGUUAUCAAUUUGUUGUUAGCAUUUGAUUGCUAUAGGGAGUUUGGCAGCAUGUUUGUGCCUUUGUGUACAAGCAAAGAUGGAUGGAGACAGCCUGGAGCACCCAGGGAGUUUUAUCACACCAAUUACAAUCACAAAUUACCAUACCAUUCCAGUUCAAUUCUGGCCUCUGCUCUGGACACAGUUUCCUUAAAAUACAGACAAAAAACAUCAAAUUUCUCCCUUAUAGACUUAUGUGCAGACUUAACGGGGUGUGGAAGAAAAGCAGCUGCCGCUAGUGUUUGCAUACCAUUUUCUCUAAACUCGGAUAGUGAACUUAUUGAUUGUUUAGAUCAGUGGCAAGGGCCACUUUAUAAAAGCAUCACUCCGAGAUGUGAUAUCGGUAUUGAUAGGAUAAUGCAGCAUCUGACCCUCAGGGGCAUACCAGACUCCAGACUAAAAAAGGCCUCGGCAAAACAAAAAGAAAUGGCCGCAUACAAAUGUAAUACUGUAAAAGAGAUGAUGGAAUUUUAUUUGUCUUGCACCACAUAUGCCACUGCCAGCAAUGUCGCUGUGUUUGAAAAAGGGAUGCCUACAAGAAACCCUUUUCCUGAUAUUUUUGAUAAACGUUUGGGGGUUAAUGGCAAUGUGGCCGCUAUCCAUAGGGAUGAUCAAACAAGGGUGGAUUCAAUACCGAUUUUAGCAGGUUUUCACUCUGGGACUGAAAUAGGUGCCAUGCUAGAAUCUCUCCAUGCCGAAGCUGGGAAAUUAAAAAUAGGUCGUUUUCAUAAGUUUGCUUUAGAAAAGGACGAAUACGAAGAGAGCCUUAAUAAUAUAUUAACCCUCAGGGAGAAUUAUGAAGACAGUUACCUAGUUUAAGUACACUGAAUUCAAAAGAUAAAAUCGACUAAACUUUUAUAUUGACAAAAAAAUUAAUAGUUAAUCGGAAAAAAGUUUUAGUAUAGGAACAAAUGAGAUCAGUAUAUUUACAAUUUAUUUUGUACUGUAGCACUUUUGUGAUUGGAUCAUUAUUUUUUCUUGUUUAUUUAAUCAAUCCGGCUAUUUACCUUUUGUUUGCCACAUUUUCUUGGAACGAAGCGUCCGGGUACUUUUUCCCUCUAAUAAAAACAGCAUUUUUAAGCUUUUAAUGAUAUUAUUUAUUUUUUUAAAUCUUUACUAAUAGUUUUUUUCUAGGAUUUCUAUUUAAUUCUAGGCAUAAUUUAUUAUGACGAUUUUGUAAGAUGAAAAAGAUUAAAUUGUUAAUUUUUAAAAAAUGAAAA